AUGCAUCAGCCAGCCAAGGCGAAUCCGCCAACCGAAGCCACCCCUCCCACGGACUUACUCAAGCCUGGUAGGACGGUCACUCCGUCCGACGUGACGACAGACCCGGCCAAGCAAUAUGAGUUUAUAGCGAUGGAUACCGAUCCGGUGGAAGAUCUCGACGUUCCUCCCGUUCGUACCAGGGAACGCAUCGACGGGGAUCUCGCACCAUUCCCCGACACAACAACUAUCAACGACAAGCCCGCACCAGUGACCGAAUCUACUCCCAUGGAGGUGGAUUCUCAAGUCACGGAAUAUGGAACAGACAUGUCACUCCUCAUUUCGUUGCUGAUGUCACUCCUUGAAUGGGCGUGUCAACAGUGGCUCGCCCGCACAUCAAACAAGUCUUAA